GUCCGGCUCUCCAGCCGUUAUCUAUAGAUCUACGCCUUCCUUCGUCAAGUCAAGUUGGGUGCGUGUGUUAAUAUAACCAAAUUAAUUUUCUGUUCAAGGUGUGUCAUUUACAACUGGAGGAGGAAGAAGAAAGAUCAAAGUUCUGUCAGUCUUGCCAACAAUAAUGCGAAUCAGUACAUCGUUCCUUGCAUUUUCCGUCACUCUUGCGAUGAUGGAAUUAUCCAACGCUGUGGAACCUAUCAAGCCAACAUCAUUCAGCACCCCGGUUCUCAUCAGCCAAACUAUACCGGGUCUGCGCUCGGACACUUUCAAGAAGGUUGCCUUCGGUCACUUGGUGCAAGAGUACGAGUUUAGCAAUGCUCCAGUGUAUCGGCAGGGAUAUCCGUUGUACCGCUAUUUCAUCUCCCUUCUAAAGGACAGAGCUGCCAGGAUUUCCAAAGAAGAAUUAAAACUGCUGGAUGAUCAAGGAAACUUGUGCUUGGGAGAAUCCGCCGAGAUGAAGACGCUUGAACAAGGAAUCGAUGACAACUUGGUUAAAUUUACAUACUCACUCUCGAUUGACCAUGGAUGGGCGAUGACAUGGCCGACAAAAAUUGACGGCACCAUUAAUCUGCAGAAUCCGAAAACUAAGUCCUUUGCAGUGACCACUCGUGCGCAAUAUUGUUCACCGAUCGUAGCAGGAACAAAGUGUACACAAAUUGAGACCACCGUCAAAGCCGCAAUGGUAGAAAUUGUACAAGACUGGAAACCCAAAGUAACAACUAAACCAACACGACCCAAGACAGAGCCCAAACCGCCGAGCAAGCUAACCAAAGGUGGUUGCAACGCCGGGAGUCACACUGACUAACUCUGCGAAGAACACCUCCAGCAAAGGAACUGUUCGCAUUCCUUAAGAGGCACUACCAUAUCAGGACUUCGACAAAUCAAAUCUCAAACACUGACACUGAUAUAAACCUAAUAGUCUACAUUAGAAAAGAUUGAAAAGGUUAAGUCAGCCGAACUGACUUUCGCAUAUUAGAUGAAGUACUGUCUUAAAAGAAUUGGCGCCAAAUACUUAUUGCAGAUUUCCAUAAACUGGCGCCCAAUACUAAUUGCAGAUUUCCAUAAACUGGCGCCAAAUAUUAAUUGCAGAUUUCCAUAAAUUGGCGCCAAAUAUUAAUACUAAUUACAGAUUUCUAUAAAUUAGCGCCAAAUGCUAAUUGCAGAUUUCCAUAAAUUGGCGCCAAAUACUAAUUGCAGAUUUCCAUUCCUAUAGCAAGGUACUGAUGUUCAUAUAAGAAUUUUGUUAUUUAGUCGUAAUGUUGGCGCCCUUUUUGGGAAAAAGAACAUGCCGAAAAAUCGCUUUUUUAGUGUCUCUUAAGUAAGGCGAGUUUCUUUAUUACAUCUAUUAGUUAAGUUAGGUUCGUUGUGUGUGAUUCUCUCCAAUUACUCCAGUUUUUGAUUAUCAUGAAGUUAAGCGGAACUUAACCGCUUUGUUUACGCGUUAGAAACUGAGCAAAGCAAACUCUAGUUGUUUGCCGUUUCCAUUCCAUUAACUUAAGCACACAGAGCAUAAUUUUCUCAAGUGUUAGCCUUAGCUAUUUCCUUUAUAUUUUGUAGGUACACAGAGCAAAAUAUUAUUUUUUCGCGUUAGCUGAUACAUUUGCAUUUUUAACUUAAGUCCCCAGAGCAGGCGUUAAAUGUUUUACGUACUGAUCUGACUGACAUUUGAUGAUUCCAACUGAUGAUAGUAUUGCAUGGUAGUUUAAUUGACAUUACAAGUGAAAUAUAACCGACAUUUAGGUUCAGCGAUUAAUUAAAAAAAAAAAAAUACUUGUUAGCCGGCAGAAGCAUAAUUUAACCUACAUGUGUUUUGUGAGCCGUGAAUUUUGACUCGACAUGCUACAAAAAAAACACCGAAACAGAACCAUUUACAAGCGGGUAUUGAAAACGAAGAGGGACGAGGUGAAAAAAAACAAACAAACAAACAAA